AUGGCGGCUUCUCACUGCGUGUGUUAUCACGCGCCGCGCCGCGCCCGCACGCAUCACGCGCAGUGUGAAGGGCUUGGCGUGGGGCGGCGCGGGCAGGCGUGGGGUGGCGUGGGGUGGCGCGGGCUGGCGUGGGGCGGCGUGGGGCGGCGUGGGGCGGCGUGGGGCGGCGUGGGGCGGCGUGGGGCGGCGUGGGGCGGCGUGGGGCGGCGUGGGGCGGCGUGGGGCGGCGUGGGGCGGCGUGGGGCGGCGUGGGGCGGCGUGGGGCGGCGUGGGGCGGCGUGGGGCGGCGUGGGGCGGCGUGGGGCGGCGUGGGGCGGCGUGGGGCGGCGUGGGGCGGCGUGGGGCGGCGUGGGGCGGCGUGGGGCGGCGUGGGGCGGCGUGGGGCGGCGUGGGGCGGCGUGGGGCGGCGGGGGCGGCGUGGGGCGGCGCGGGCUGGCGUGGGGCGGCGCGGGCUGGCGUGGGGCGGCGCGGGCUGGCGUGGGGCGGCGCGGGCUGGCGUGGGGCGGCGCGGGCUGGCGUGGGGCGACGCGGGCUGGCGUGGGGCGGCGCGGGCUGGCGUGGGGCGGCGCGGGCAGGCGUGGCGCGGCGUGUGCUAUCCGUUUAAAAUCUGUAACUUCAAAGACGCGGCACGACGCAGCGCGCAUGUUUAAAGCCGACUUCUCACUGCGUGUGAGAAGUCCGCUUUAG